CAGCAACAUUGACGCUUACGUACUCCGCAAGGUCGAUGAAGCAGGGCUGUCAUGUUGAAGAAGUACCUUUAGGGAAUUUCGCCUCUUGUUAGAAACCUGUUUCAGUUUGUGGCAUGCAUUAAUAUGCGUGUUGUAGUUAAAUGCUGCGGUGGCUUCAGUCAGUUGUCUCGAUGUUUUGGAGCAAGCUGGAGUUUUUGGGUGAUACGAGCUGCGCGCGCUGUAAACUGAGCUGAGCUAGCUACGUUCUUUUUUUUUUUUUGUUUAGCUUUUGCGAGCAUGAGUUCUGCUCCUAAACACGGUACCGCUGCCGAGACAGAGCUGUCCAACAAGUCCAUGUCCGCUGUCACUGUAACCGGAAGCCUCCAGAAAGUCUUCAGCCAUGUGAGAAUAGAAAACCUGGUGGCAGGACUCAGCGGUGGAGUUGUGUCGACGCUGGUGCUUCACCCACUAGACCUCGUCAAGAUCAGGUUUGCAGUGAGUGAUGGCCUGGAGCUGAGACCUAAGUACAGCGGCAUGUUUCACUGUAUGAAGAGUGUGUGGCACCAGGAGGGACUGAGGGGUCUCUACCAGGGAGUGACACCUAAUGUUUGGGGUGCUGGUGCUUCCUGGGGUCUCUAUUUCUUCUUUUACAAUGCAAUCAAAGGGUAUACAAAAGAAGGGCGUCAGACUGAACUAAGUGCAGGAGAGCACCUUGUCUCGGCGGCUGAAGCUGGCGUCCUAACGCUUACCAUUACCAACCCAAUCUGGGUCACUAAGACCCAGAUGGUUCUGCAGUACAGCGCCGACCCAACCAGGAAGCAGUACAAGGGGAUGGUGGAUGCUCUGGUGAAGAUCUACCGCAGCGAGGGAGUAGCAGGACUCUACCGAGGUUUUGUUCCUGGCCUGUUUGGAACGUCACACGGAGCGCUGCAGUUCAUGGCCUACGAAGAGCUCAAGAGAGACUACAACAAGUACAGGAAAGUGCCCUCAGACGCGAAGCUGAAUGCUCUGGAAUACGUCACAAUGGCAGCAUUAUCAAAACUAUUUGCUGUGGCCACGACGUACCCCUAUCAGGUGGUGCGAGCUCGCCUGCAAGACCAGCAUAACAGAUACAAUGGAGUUAUUGAUGUCGUCAUGCGGACAUGGAGGAAUGAAGGUGCGGCCGGUUUCUAUAAAGGCAUCAUCCCAAACCUAAUUCGUGUCACCCCCGCCUGCUGCAUCACCUUUGUGGUUUAUGAGAAUGUGUCUCGCUUCCUCCUUGGGACUGAAUAAAUCCUGCAGGGGGUUUGCUGCCAGACUGCAGGCUCUUGUUGGAGCAGCGUGGAGACUGUUCCGCUGACUCUGUUCAGGAUGAGGAGAAGGGCUGAAGUGAGCAUUCAUUGGCACUUAAAAGAAUGCUGAAAACGUUGCUGAAUGAAGUCCCAGAGAAACAGCUGAAUCAUCUUUUCUUUUUUAUUCUGAACUCUGAAACAUGACGAUCAGCCUCUGGUUCAGAAACACAAGCCAAGCCUCGCUGAGCUGAGACGGUUGGUGACACAUUGAGACACUUGUUACUACAGUUGCAUCACCAGAUAUGGAACCUUUAAUGAUUUCUAAUGGAAAUUCUGUUGGUUUUUUUGCUGCAGUGUUGUGUCUCCAACAGUCACAACCUGUGAGACGAUAAGGGUGUGUGCCGCUGUGGUUCUGUUUACUUAAGUUCUGGCAGCAGAAAGGGGAAAAAACAUUUAAAUUUUGUUUAUGGACAUUAAAUUUCUCUCAGGUUUUA